UUGACAGAUGAUCUCUUGUUGCUUACCUCUAGCACUCGCACAGUGAGGACAGGAAAAGUGUUUAAUGUCAUACAGAAAGUGGAUGGGGAUAUCCUGCGUUCUUCAUCCACAAGAAUAUACUUGAUUAAACAUCCUUGCAAGGAAAAUAUAGCUCUAUACCUAGGAAAACAACUUUUUUUCACAAGAGAUAACUUUGAAAGUAGUCUCCUUCCAUUUGCCAUCCCUACAUCGUUGCAGGUUGGUGUGCCACAGGUAACGUCAGCACAUUUCAUUGGUUCAUCACUGCUGCUAGUAGUGAAUCAAAAAGUCUAUAUUUAUAAUUAUGAAGAUUCUUCUUGGAACGUAUCUUUAGGGAUAAAACACCCUGUUUCACAUAUUUCUGGUGAUACUUGCUGUUAUGUUGAAACUAUUUUUUGUGUGAAUAUAGGUAAUUUGAUUUUUGCGUAUUUGCAUGGAGAUCAGAUAUCUCACACCAACAUAUAUAUUUCAACCACUGGGGGAUACAGUUUUAAGAAGUAUACCCAUGAAAAACAGGAAGAGUUACUAGGGGUUUUGGGUGGAAUCUACCACCUUCACUCUGUGUCAGAGGUUGGGCUGCUUGUCAUUGAUGGAGAAAAGGCCAUGCUCAAGUACUCAUAUCAUCCCCUCAACCGGAGUUUUGGGUUGGCCUUUGACUACAAUGGGACACUUGACAUCCUCAUCAGCCCAGGCCAGAGAGGCGUUCUGAUCCUCUGGUCUGAAAGAACCCUGUUGUUUUCCCACAACUCAGGUCAGCUUUUCGACUCUGUCUGGGUAUACGAUGGACCGUACGACAUCUAUCCUUCUGUCUUUGAAUCUGGCAUCACCAUCCAUAACGUUGCUGCCAAUGAAAAUGAACUGGCAGUUUUAACUAAGGACGAUCGUUUAUAUUAUGGCAGUCUGGGAGUUUUGUCAAGUUCUAUAAUCAAAUUUCCAGACCAACCCAUCUGGUCCGAAGAAGCAGCCAUGGUGUUCUUGGAAACAGGGAUGCUUAAAAUACUGACCCCGCUUCCUGACACAGCUUUUCAAGCUUUUGAUUUCCAGAAAUGCCUUGUGAAUAUUCAGGAGAUUCUCAUGAAUCCUGAUCUCCAAAUUGCAAAGUGCAAAAUAGAAUUUCUGGAUGGAGAAUUUGUAGGCAAAAUGCAUACCAUCGAUAUGCACAGCAAGCUGGAACUGUCUGCUAAUCUGAUACCUCGGCCCGGCACAUCCCUGAUCCCACUGGUGAUGGUGAGCAACCCCCACUCUUUGGGACUGCAGGCCUACUACUAUGAGAAUGGCAACACCUUGGAUGGGAACGUUCAGUACAAACUGGACAUUUACCUAAAGCAGCAGCAGCACUGGGGCAGGACAGACCCCGACUUCACAUCCAGCCUAAAGAGAGCUACCAUAUCUAGCUUAACUGUGGAUGUAGCCAACAAGGAAAUUUCCUGCGUGGAUAUCAAGCCACUGUCCACACUCAUUUCAGUUGGUUGUGACCUGGAUAAAAAGAUCGUUGUCCAGAACAAAAUUACAGCCUGUGCCAAGGGCAUUUUGGACCCGGUGGCCCUUCAGGACAACUACACCUACAUCAUUGAGAAGGAGUCCUAUGAUCCCAAAUUCCAGGGGCAAAAGGCCACCAAGGACCUGGUUGUGCACUACUCAUAUCAGCAACUGGGCUGUCCUGGCCUGAUCUACUAUGACACACCAUGGAAGCCCGUGGUCGAGCUGUGGCAAGGAGACAUUUUCCAGGAGUUAGUCGAAGCUGAGUACGUCUUGCUCGAGGUGAACGGGCUGUUCACGUACACCUACGCCCUGACGGCCGCAGAGGCACACUGCAGAUCCCAGCCGCAGAACUGGAGCACUGUCAUGAAGGACAGUGGGGCACCUUUCUCCUGGAACAGAGAGAACUAUGUGAGCUGCCAUGACCCUGAAAACACUGCCCCAUUGCAGUGGCCAAAUGUUAAGUAUCAGAUCUUGGGAGGCCAGACAAAAAACGCUCUUGCUUUUGACCAAAGGAAUGGCAUAUACACCUUCUUCAUUUCUAUUGUGGAUCCGUACUACAGCUACUGUCACCUGGAGACUGUCUUCAGCAUCUAUGUGCAUGGGGCCUACCCACAGCCCAUGGUGAACCAGGAGAUGGGCGUGGUGGGGAUAAUGGUGGCCAUCCUGCUCUGCGUGUGGCUGAUCUACAUUAUCCCCAAGAUGUUUGAGACUGAGAAGGGCCAGAGGAUCAAGAGGUUUGGUGCCAAGCUAUGUGGGAGGUGCACGAGGUUAUGCAGGUGCUGCUGUCCAGCACACCAUAAGAGUGCAUCCUAGCAAAGCAGGAUGUCCCUGAAAAUACCCUACUCUUCA